AUGGAUCAUAUAUCGUACUGCAUGAAAGCACUAGCUCAGUGGAAGAGAGAACGGGAUUUGAACUCUGCAAAAUUGGUUGAGGACCUUAAAGCUAAGGUCGAUAAUCUUUACUCGGACAAUGAUGCCACAACCGAAGAGAUAGCGGAGGCUUUGAAAGAACUAACUGAUGUUCUUAAGGCAGAAGAACAAUUCUGGAAACGGAAGAGCAGAAUUCUUUGGCUUUUGGAAGCACAGGCAAUGUUCCAUGCUCUACGCACGAAUUCCGGGGGAAGAGAGAAGCAAAUGGCAAUAAAGACUGACAUGAGUAAGGCCUACGAUAGGUUAGAGUGGGAUUUUAUCAGUGCGGUCAUGAAGGAGAUGGGGUUCUCAGAUACUUGGAUUGAGUGGAUAUUGCGAUGUGUAUCAUCAAUGAAAUACCAUGUCCUUUUCAAUGAGAAUCAAGGAAAGAUAACGGGGAUGCGCUUUUCACGCGCUAGCCUUCCGGUAUCCCACCUUCUCUUUGCUGAUGAUAGCCUGUUCUUCUGCAAGGCAGAGCCACGUGAAUGCGAUGAAAUCAUGAAAGCACUUGAGACCUAUGGAAAAGCUUCUGGACAAUGCAUUAAUUUUGAAAAAUCUUCCUUACUCUUUGGUAAGAGAAUACCUGGACAUGUUAAGGAUACUUUAAAAACUUCAAAUGGGAUUGCAAAUGAGGGGGGAAUGGGUACCUAUCUUGGUAUCCCUGAAGAUAUUACCGAUUCAAAGGUAAGGCUCUUUGCCUUUCUGAAGGAACGACUACAAGGCCGUGUUAAUGGCUGGACAGGAAGAUGGCUAUAA